AUGCGGCUGCCCAGUGUACGUGACUCCCGGGGCCCUCUUAGUGUGACAAGUGCCCUGUUCCUUCGGGAAUGUUUCCCAGAGAGGUUACCUACUAAAUGUCCCUGCAUACACAAUACACGUGACGAAUGCUUCAGCGAAGGCCCUGAACUAACUCCUCAUCAAAGGUGGAUCAACAGUAGUGGAUUCAUCAUAACUCCUAGGAUAAUGAAAGGAACUUGGUUGAUAACAUAUUUCCGUGUUGUGGAUCGCCUCGGCGUAGGACGAGGGCCUCGAGUAGAAAUAAUAAGAGGCGGUCUUAGACAUAAAUACAUUGUGGUACGAUUAACAUCACCAUAUAAUUAUCCAAUAUCUGUCAAUGUUUACGUAGGAUGUGAAAAUAAAUUGAAGAUACCUAGUUCUACAUCGAAAAUUAUCGCGCAAACAACUGUAGGCAAAGCCACGGUCACAAGUGCUGGUGACAUUGCUACCACCGAAAACUCAGCAGGGAACACAACAGGUGGCAACUCUACAAUAGGAGGAGCUACUACUUAG